CUUCUAGGACCAGCAGUGCCUUUUCUGUCCCAGGUUAGAGGGAACACCCUAGAAGUAGAGCCUGGGACCCAAGGAGGAGUAAGUGCUUGCCACGGGGGCACAGCGCUUUCCAGCCACAAAAGGGCUUCUCUGGACCUGGGAGAGGGGAGAGGACUGUCCUUCCCUUCCUGUCACUUGCUCCUAAUACUGCUCACAAUCACAGUCAUGAAGAGGAAAUGGGAGGGGGCACCGCGGCCAGCAGGCUUCAGACAGGAAGCCCGGGUUCUCGGCUUCAGGAGGCAGCAGCUGGGCCCGGGACCGCUCGGCGCUGGGUAAGCGCACCGCUUCGCUUCCCACGGGCGCACGCCGCCGCGGAUGGCUGCCUGCUGUCCUCCACCUGCCCAAGACGCCCGCGCCCACCCGCCAAGGGACAGCCGGAUCCGAUCGCCGCCCCUGAAGAGAAUGGAAGGGUUUCAGAAGAACAAAUAUGGAACUAUGGCUGCUGGUGUAGAAGAAAACUGGUUUGCAACACCUCCCUCAAUGAGAAUAAUCCUUGUGGGCAAAACAGGCAGUGGGAAAAGCGCAACAGGGAACAGCAUCCUCUGCCGGCCAGCCUUUGAGUCCAGGCUGGGGGCCCAGUCAGUGACCAGGACCUGCCAGGGGGAGAUGGGAACAUGGAAAGGGAAGAGCAUCCUGGUGGUUGAUACACCCUCCAUCUUUGACUCAAAGGCCCAGACCCAAGACAUGGAUAAGAACAUUGGGGACUGCUACCUACUGUCUGCCCCAGGUCCCCACGUGCUACUCCUGGUGACCCAGCUGGGGCGCUUCACAGACGAGGACACAGCAGCCGUGAGGAGGGUGAAGGAGAUCUUUGGAGCAGAGGCCAUGAGGUACGUGGUCAUCCUCUUCACUCACAAGGAAGACCUGGGAGGCGAGUCCUUGGAUGAUUAUGUGCUCCACACGGACAACUGCAGCCUGCGGGGCCUGGUCCAGGAGUGCGGGAAGAGGUACUGUGCCUUUAACAACCGGGCCACCGGGGAGAAGCAGCGCAAGCAGCUGGAGGAGCUCAUGGCCGUGCUGGAGGCACUGAAGCAGGAGUGCCAGGGCUCCUUCCACAGCAAUGACCUCUUCCUUCAUGCCCAGGUGCUGCGGCAAGACGGGGACAGUGUCUGCCCAGAAGACCACAGGCGCUACCUGGCCAACGUGAGGCUGCAGGUGCGAAAGCAGCAGCAAGAGCUGGAAGAGUGUGAGAGCAGCUGGAGGUUCAAGGCGCUCCUCAGAGACAGAAUCCGGAUGACUUCCCACAUCAUAAUAUCUGCCUUGCUUAUCAUAUGUGGUCUGAUUUUUCUUGCCAUUAUAAUUAACUUGGUCAUUACUCAGGGGAACUGAGCAUUUUCAUGUGACUUCUAUAAGCGACUCUUUCUUCUCAUAUUCUCUCGCUCUCUCUCUCUCUGUCUCUCUCUCUCCCCUCUAAUCCUCUUAAUCUCAUUCUCUCUCUCUCUCUCUGCACUUUGCUUUUCACAAUAUUGCACUCUCUGUUUAGCUUCCAUGCAUCAGACACAUCAAGCAUUGUCCUAGAAGUACUUUUAGCUCAAUAAAACCCAA